UCGCUGGGGCGGCGGGCGGGCUGCUCUCCCUCCGCCGCUUCCCCACACCCAGAGCUCAUCUUGCACCUCUGGGUGGAAACCCUGGUCCCUUAGCAGGACGGAAGAUGAGGUCCGGAGGGUGGGUGUAAACAAGGCGCCCCACCACGCUAGUGGGUGUUGUCUCGCGAAUCGAUAAUCCUCGCGCGAGCUACGAGCCACGCCCUUUUUUGCUUAGCAACCGCAGUUUGCGCAAGACCUGCCGUCGUCGUUGGCCCGACGGCCGUCAUGAGCCAUGCUGCCUACCACAUGGAGGCUCUGAGGAGACAGAGGCUAAUAGACAGGGCCUCUGCAUUGCGGAAACAACGAGAGAAUCAGGAGGAGGUCAGGGGAGAGGCGAGAGAUGCAGUCACGCAGACAGAACAACAGCCUGUCGGCAGCAGGGCUUCAUCGUCUGCUGUUAGCUCCUCUAAAUGUCGCUCUGAUUCUAGGAAGAGCUCAAAAUCAGGGAGUUGUAAGCAGGGAGACUGGACCAGCUCACUAUCUGGGGAGCGGAGGAGCCAGUCAGCCACCUCGAGACGGUCCUCGUGUGAGGAGACAGGGAGCUCAGUGGUAACAGACAUGUCCAGCAGGAAGGAAGCCUGUGGCAGCAGCUACAGUGCCAGGUCAUCCAGACUGCCAUCCCGACAUCCUCAUCCUUCAGGGGAGCAGUCUUCCCGGAGUGGGCUGCAGGAGGAAGGCUCAGCUGGUUCGAGGAAAAGACAGAGAACUCCAUCCCACCAGUCUUCCCCGGAAAUUGGAGCACCUCGUGAUGGGCCAAAUUCUGUGAGAGCCACUUCCAGACCGGCGUCUCAGACUAGCAACAGCAGCAGGAGAAAGAGGAAGAACAGUGGGUCCGUCGGGUCACCUUCUUCUCCAUCUCACUCCACACCUCCACAGGAGGAGUGAACUUCGUAUAAUAGUAUCGCGUGUAUGUGUGGUCAGUCCAUAGCUCACAUGGCAUGCUGCUAUCAUAAUAUAUAGAAUGUGUGUGGUAUAAAUGGAAAAUAUGUGUGCUUGUAUUUGCAUGUGUUGUGACUAGACUGGCACAGUAUAUGGGCUAAUGAUGCCCAAAACCAACUCUGCAUGACGGAUUUACACA